GAGUCAGUGCCGAUUCGAGUACUGAGCCGUCAUGUGCGCGACCACAUGCACUCCGAGAACCGACGAAACAAGGGUAAAGAAAGAUGGGCUACAUGUUCGAAGAAAUCGUCGUGCAGAAGAAGUUAUGUGGGCAUAUAGACACUGCGACAGAGUAAACUGCUUCGGUCCCGACAAGAACAGGAGCCACGAACGCUGGAUCCGCCAUGUCGGCAGACGAGAAGAUGACCACCACAAUGGGUUCCCCACCGAAAGCGACAGUGGUGCUGGCAGUACUGGUCGCUGCUCUUCUCGCAAGAAUCGUCGUGGCCGUGGCCAGGUGGAUGCGCAUGUACUGGUACCUGCGCAAUGUACCCCAUCCCGAGCAACGCUGGCCAUUCUCACUCGUCAUCGACAUGUGGCAGAGCCUGUCGAAAAUGGACCCGAAUCUGGCAGUGACAGCAAAAAUAUUCAACUAUUUCAAUGAAAUGUUCAAGACACUAUAUGACCAGGAAGUUACAGUUGCUUAUUACGGUCCACAGCCCUUCUUGAUCGCUACGACGCCAAAAUCCGUCGAAUCCGUUCUUACCAAUAGCCAGAACUUGAACAAGGCAUUUUUGUACGAAAUGAUGAAACCGUGGAUUGGGAAUGGCAUACUGAUGAUUGAAAAAGGCAAAUGGCGAAGCCGGCGCAAGGUGCUCACACCAGCCUUCCACUUCCGAGUAUUGGAUGACUACGCACCCAUCAUGAAUCGAAGAGCUCGAGAAAUGAUUGCUAGGCUCGACACGAUGGGAACGGACUUCUUCGAUGUAAUACCUCCCGUACGCUUCGCCGCCUUCGGCAUACUGUUCGAGACUGCCCUAGGCGUGCAAAUCGAUGAAGCUGAGGUUCAAAGGAUGCGACUACUCGAAAUAAACGAUGAGAUUGGUGCGAGCGUAAUAGCGAGGAUGAUGAACCUUCUUCACUGGUCCGACACACUUUACAGCUUGACCCAGGCUUCCAAGGAGUUCAAGAAAAAUAUAAACUUCGUCCACGAGUACAACAGAAAGAUUGUGAAACAACGAGUGUCUGAAUACAGGAUGGGUGAAGUGAAGCCGGACUCAAAGAAGUCUUUCUUGGACAUUCUCCUGCACAUGCACAUGGUGGACGGCACGCUAACGGAAGAUGAAAUCAAGAACGAAGUCACAUCUAUAUUUAUUGGGGGGUUUGAAACAACAGCCAUUUCCAUAGCCUACACCCUUUUUCUGCUGGGAAAUCAUCCUGAAGUACAGGCAAAGGUGCACGAAGAAAUUGACGCCAUUUUCGUUGAAGAUGUGGAAAGGGAUGUAACGGCGGAAGACAUCAAGCAGAUGAAGUACCUGGAAUGCGUUGUCAAGGAAUCGAUGAGGCUUUAUCCCCCAGUUCCGCUCAUUGCUCGCGACGUCGAUGAAGACAUGAAAGUUGGCGAAUUCACUGUGCCCAAAGGGUCCGUUGCUGUCGCCGCUAUCUACUUCAUACAGCGACAUCCCAAGUACCACAAAAAUCCCGACGCGUUUCAGCCGGAACGAUUUUUGGACACCAAGGAAAAAAAUCCUUUCUUGUACAUUCCAUUCUCCGGUGGCUUUCGGAACUGCAUUGGUCAAAAGUUUGCCAACUUGGAAGACAAGAUCCUGCUAACCCAGAUCAUGCGCCGUUACACAGUGACCUCCAAGCUUAGGAUGGAUCAGCUUCAGCUUUCCAUCGAAGUUGUGUUAAAAGCCAUUCAAGGCCUUGAAAUCAAAAUUCGGCCACGUAACAAAGCAAUGAAAGAGGACUGACGUCGUAUGCAGAGAGCCUAUUUAUGAAAAGCCUUACUUCACAGAGUCGUCACUUUGGCAUGACUAAAGCGGUCGGCUUACUCAGAAAAAAACAUCCUCUCGUAAUUAGUGUACAUUACCGAAACAUUUGCGCCAGAAUGAGUGAAUGGAUGUGCCAAAAAGAUUGUUGGAAGAAACUUGUGUGCAACGCCAUAAAGCUUAUUUAGUGAGUGUUACUACAAGACAGGAGACAAUAUAUAUGAUACAUCACUUUAUUUGGGAGGGGGGGGGAAUAGGUGAAGUUUUCAAAUGGUAAUUAAAUUGUACUGUACUGAGGAGGCUAGUGGAGAGCUUAUCUGACUAUUUCAAGAUGUUCAAAAAUGAACUCAUGUAAAAACCUUGCAUUUCAAU